CCUUAAUUCAUUCUUUGAUGUUAUCACCCUCAUAGACCAUUCCAGGCGUAGCAGAAAAGGCCCAUACUAUCACCAUAGCCCAUCUGCUACGCCUGUGAGAAGAAUGCUAUCUUUACAUCCCCUCACCAUACUCGUAUCCCUCUCCGCUCUCGUCCUUGCCUUCGUCUUUCCUCAACUGUCCUUCCUUCAAACCCUUCUCUUAUCCCCCGCUUUCUUCUCACUCUUCCUCUGCGUGUUCAUCUCCACCAUACUUUAUCUUCUCAUCCGACGCCAGCUCAACACCAAAACGGGUCUCUUUUUGAAUGGACGACGACCCAUCAAGUCAUUAGUUUUCACCACUUCUACCGCAUGGUCCUCAAUCCUAGCUCGAGAUACUACUUCGAACAAACCUUCCUCCCCUUCAUCUCUCAAAGGCUCAUAUGGCUCUCGUAAAUCUCUAGACAACCGAUUAGACCGUAUACUCAAUCUUAUAACCAAAACGUUCAUCCUCCCAUGGUACACUCGGAUCUCUCCUUCUCCAAUCUUUCCCCAAGCGGUACAAACCCUCGUCCGUUCAAUCAUUAUCGAUCUAGCGACAAGGUCCAAUGAUGUUGACUGGUCAGCCAUCCUGGUGUCGAAAAUCAUACCUAUUAUCACGGACCAUAUGCAUCAUUAUCGUUCCGUCGAACAUCUAUCUUCACGCUCUUUACCACUCCCUUUACCAAAAGGCGCUCAUAGAGCAUUAGCUCUACAACCUGAACUGACUGGGGAGACGACAACUGUGAAUGUGGAAGAAUAUCUUCGAGGUGUGGUGAUUCGUGUGUUGGAAUGUGUCUUACCUGCAGAGGAAAAGACAGAAGUGGUCAAGACCAUGGCAAGGGAGAUCGUCUUAUGUUCUAUCCUCAUGCCUGUGUUGGAUAUGUUGAGCGAACCGGAUUUCUGGAACAGACAGAUUGAUGAAAAAGGUGGUCAAUAUCUUCAUGAACAGAAACAAGUGAACAGAUUUCUUUCUGCUCUGUCUACGAUACCUUAUCCAUCUAACACGUCGUCCCCCAAUACAAACAGAGGUUACACAGGCCCUCUCAGUACUUCAUCCAUCUCGGUAAACUCCACAUCUCAGCAAUUUGACGUCUUCAUCCGUUCAAUAGCUAAAGUCAAAUCUUUAGGCGAGGCGCGUAGAUUACGAGCAGACAUCGAACGUGAAUCAAGACAUGCGAAAUCAAUGCAAAUGGAUUCUGAGAGAUCGGAAGGAGUUAGAGAUGAUAAGCAAGUCAAACGUUUGAUCAAAUUUGUCCAAAGACUGGAGCGUGCGAGAAUAUCUGUUGACGCGAGGAUUCAAGUUUUGACAGGUCAACAGCGGAAGACUUCUGACACCAACAUUCCACAUGUUUCAACCGCAGACCCCACUUUGAUCAACUUGCGGACGGUCUUAUCCGAUCCAUCAUCCUUAGCCUACUGGUUGGAAUAUAUGGACCGACGAGGUCGUUCACGGCUUGUUCAAUUUUGGUUGACAGUCGAAGGUUUCAAGAACCCUCUUGACCUCAUUGAUCCCACCGUUGACCCUCUUGUUUCCAGUCCGUGGGAUGAAGGGGAUCUCAAAGGGUUUGCCGCGAAUAAAGAUGACGUAUCUUUCUUGGUGGAAACGUACUUGAAUGUCCCCGACAACAACCUUGGAAUACUCGUACGACACAGCUCAGUACUUCAGAACUUCUGUCAAACUUCAUCAGACCAUGUUCCUGAAACGAACGAAGUCCAACGCGUGAAACAAGCAACGUUCGCUGCACAGCAAGCAGUGUUCGAGCAGAUGGAAGAUGAUGAUUGGCCAGAAUUCACCAAGACAGAGCUGUACCUCAAAGCAUUGUCGGAUCUUCGAUUACCCUCUUCUCUCGUCCCCAUUCCUUCUAGAGACACACGAGCAUCGUCGGAGGAACCAACGUCCAGUCUCUCACCGCCCGCUCAUCCACUUAGACGUUUCACAACCCCUCUCUCCCCUGUCUCUCAGAAUUCGAUACCUAGCUCUAAACUUCGCUCAGCCCCUAAACUUGUCAAUGGUAGUUUCACACCUGCUGUUCCAAGCCCGUCAGCAUCAGUUUCUGUCACUCCGCCCACUUUUGACCCACCACUCAAGACUGAGCCGAAGCACCGAGCCGUCAGUGCGGACGAGAAGGGAAGGAUGACUAGCGGUUUGGUCUCUCCAGUACCUAUGACCCGACGAUCCAGUCAUUUGGAUGUACUCAUGUCUCCGGAUCGUGAGGUUGCGACUCAUCACUUAGAGAAGAAGCUAUUUGACGAUGACGACGAUAUUUCGGGACCAGUCGCCCAGGAAGAUGAGGAAGACGAUUUCGCGCAGUUGCAACGUAUGAAAGCGAUCCAGGCGGCACUGGAUGAGAUCAUUCGUAGCGAUGAUUUAUCAUCAAGUGUGACCGCGUCAAUUCUCCCCCCGAUAGAGCCAGAGGUUGAACCCGCCGACGCGCUAUCUUCGUCACUGGUGCUUCCCCGACGCAAUGAUGAGGAUGGGCCAGCUGCGAAGUUAGGAUCACGCAGCUUUGAAGACUUGAAGUCCCCAGUAGUAGACCAGAGCAGCGGUAUAUUGAGUCAGGAAAGAAGACCAUCGUCGAUUCAAGAUGCAUCCGUAGAUAGACCUCCUUUUCACCGUCGAACGUCAUCCAAAGUCUCUUUACCCCAAGAGCGGCGACUAUUCGAAGAAGACGAGUUGAAGGAUGACGUUUUCGAUGUAGAAGAGGAUACAGAGGAUGGUGUAGACGCUGUUCAACCAGCCGUUGCCGGUGAUCUCCAACUUCCUCUAGAGAUCGCCCGGUUGCAAGAUAAAAUCGAUUAUCUCGCCAGACAAGAAAGUUUACUGGAGGACCUUAUUCGUAAAGCCGAUUUGACAGGUAAUGCGGCCGAACUCAAGAUCCUACAUCGGUCACAAUCCUCUAUCAAAAGAGAACAGCGGACUGCGUUAUUCCAAAAGGCACAAUUUGAGCAACAGGAAGAGGAGAAUCGCCUAGUUCCUGGACGAACUAGAGUCGUUAUCCCCUCAUCCGUCAUCACCGCCGAGGAAGGUGAACAUGGCAAGCAAGUUGUGAGGUAUACCAUCGAGGUCAGUCAAAUCGGAGAAGACGCUAAAGUCCUUCUCAACUGGGUGGUAGCGAGACGUUACAAUGAGUUUUUCGAACUUGAUCGAGCUAUCAGAGAAUGGGCCGCUACGUCGGGUGAUCCAAGAAUAUUAGAAGAGUUUAAAACCAAAGUGGGCGAAUUACCAGGAAAGAAACUAGUAGCCAAUAUGUCGACGAGUUUCAUCGAUAAUCGUCGUAUAGGUUUGGAAAAGUAUUUACAAUCUCUCAUCACUUCCAGCAUCAUUUGCGAUAGUCAUAUCCUACGUUCUUUCCUUUCACGUUCAUCUAUUGAAUCACUUUCCUCUAAUGAUACUUCCCCUCCUAGGUUUAGCAUAGCUCGUCAAAAUAUCGUUAAAGCGUUAUACAAAACCAUGGCAACUUCUUUCGAUGAUUCUCUAGGACCUAACAUGCUAGAUUUCAUGUAUACUGGUCUUAACAGACAAUUGAGUGACGUAGCAGGUGGUAUAGGAGCUAUGACAGGGUUUGGAGGAGAUGAUUUAACUUCUUUAGGUACUUCACUUUUACCUCAAGCAUUUCAAAAUGGUAUACCUACAUGGUUGAAAGGUCCAACAUCAUCAUCCACUUCAAAUAACCUCGUUCCUGAUCCUCAUUCCAAAGGGAGUCUACCAGUGGUUCAACCUAUGGGAGGUGAAAACGCAUUGACUUCUUUUACAUCACCUAUCUGUGAUCUUUUCAUUGAAGUUUUCGAUUUGAAAGAAAAUAAUUGGUUACGUCGACAAGCUAUAAUAGUUAUAUUACAACAAUUUUUAGGUGGUACUAUAGAAAGAAAAGUAAGAGAUACGAUUAUAAAUGCUUUCUCCCAUGAUUCUCUUGAACGUAUUUUGUAUAAUUUUCAAGAAAUCAUGUGGCCUGAAGGAAAUAAAAGAUCGGCGACGGAACCGAGGACGGAGUUGGAAAAAGAUUCUACUAGAUUGAGAGCAAGUCGAAAAUUAGGUUUACUCAUUCCUGAUGUAGCAGCAAAUAUGAUAGGACGUAAUAAUGCUCGUAGAGCCGCCAGACGUGGUUUUGGGGUGUUACAAGAUCGAAGAUUGAAUCAACAUCUUUUCUUGUGCAUCAUAGAUGAAGUCGUCAACGCUCUGUUCCCUUCAGAACCAAAUUCGUUAUAUGAGAUGAGUGGUCAAUUGGGAAGUCGGGAACUUCCUCCCUGGCUCGUUGGUCAAACGAGUACGAGUAUCUAUUGGUCUCAGUUGAGUGAUGCGCAAAGGGCUACCAUUUAUUUCAUUGUGGCGUAUUUCGUUGCUAUCUUUGCAUUCCCGGACCAAGGUGUGAGGUAUAUCCAUGUCGAUGUGUGGGAGGGAGGUGAUACCGGAUUCACCAACGGAUUCAAGCCUGACUGGAGGUUUAUGACAUCUGUCAUGGCUGGUUAUACAAUCAGCUGUUUCGUAGGAUGCGGACUGGUAUUCUGCGGUUUCGACGCUUUGUACUCGAAGUAUGCCUCACUCGCACUCGGUGCCCUCCUCCUUGUCACUUUGUUUAUCUGCAUCGUCACGCACGACUGGGUGGCCUGGAAAUUCGCUCGGAUCUUCCGUUCGCACGAAAUCGCAAAGGCGAAGGAGAAACAAUGGCGAGCGGAUCGAAGUCCCGAUGAUGAUCGACGUGGGAAAGCAGCCAUGAUGUCUUUAGACAUUAUGAUGGGUGUUUCUGGAUUAUUUCUCAUCAUACUCUUUGUCUCCUGGUAUCUCUCCGAUUCAAUCGCGUUGCGAUUCGUGAUCCUCUUCAUGGGCGAGAUGUCAGCUUUGUACGCGAUAUGGGACAUCGUCCUAGAUGGUCUGCGAUCUGGAGCCGACGCUGGAUCAGAUAUCACCGAGUUUGUGAGGAUUUUGGAAUUACGAAAACUCCACAAGAAGGAAAAACAGGUCUCGCAGGAGGAGCUUCUACGUAGGAUGCGUCCAUUGGAGAAGAAGGUGGCUGUGUUCUGGUUAUUGCUUCAAAUCACAGCUCUGAUCCUCGCCAUCAUCCUGGGAUUACGAUACCUCCCUUACUCUUUCACUGAACAAGCUCUGAGAGCACGUAGCUUCCUUCCAAGCCCCAAUCACUGGGAACCCGCGGACACUUGUUCGUUCGAGAUUGAUCCAUCACCCCUCCGUGUCAUGGCGCCUGAUUACUCCAUCCCCAUGUGUACACCGGAAGUUUCUCCCAUCGCUUUCGCCGAUCAACAAUUACCAUUCUCGCCGAAAUAUACAAGACCAGAUAUUGAUGGUAUGCCUCUACCGUCAGGAGCGAGUGGAGCAUCUUAUGGACCUGCGGCGGUGGCUGCUAGUGCUAUAAUCCCACCUACACCUGGUGGUGUUGCCGGCCCCAUGCAUGCAAUCCCCGCCUUGCCCGAUGCAGGUUACACAGCCCCCACCCUCCGACCGGCUACUUUCCAAGCUCCUGGCGCUCUCGGUCCAGGAUGGAACAGUGGUAUGCGACCUCCCUCCAUCUAUGGUGGAGCUUCCGUUUACGCAGGACAUUCUCCUCGUCUUCCACCCGCACCAUUAUCUACGAUACUUUCCUCUGAAAGUGGUAUGACACCCUUUUCCUCCCUACCCGCUCCUCGUCGGGCCGCGCCCAUGUUACUUCACACCCACGUACAUCCUCAAAUCGGUCCAUCUGGCCCAACUCAAGUCCUGGAUGACGUAUCGACUUCGACUGCAAAACCACAACAUCAUCACCAUCAUCAGCAUCAGCAUCAACAUCAACAUCAUGAUGAUCGUAGUGAUGCAGGUUCAGAUGCGUCUUAUUACGCACGUCCUAAACUUCCUCGAAGUGCAAGUUCCAACAGUUCUGAACCAUCCAGUCCAAGAGAACCUGUUCAUCGUCGUUCGGCAUCUAUGAAUCAAAACCAACGUUCUCCAGUACUAGGACCUUCACAUGCUCAUUCUCCUGGAGCACCUUCUCCUCUUGCUGCUAGACCUCCAACUUCACCGAGAUCAGAAACAUGUUCUCAUUAUCCUAAAUUAUCACCCACGACAGAGAAAGAUAAUCAACUUCAAUCUUCUCUUCAAGGAUCAGGUCAAAAACCAAGAAGAUCAAGUAGUGUAAAUAAAGCUGGACCAGAAGUUGAUGAUCUUCGUAGACGUAAACCAUCAAAGAAUGGAAGUCCUGAACCUAAUAAUGAAACACCAAGAGUUAGUGGUAGACAAAGAAGUCGUUCACAAGAUUAUUCACCUCCACCAUCAGAAAGAUUAAGUGUUAAUCAAGAUGAUUCAAGUACGGUACAUGUUCAUCAUCAUCAUCACCAUCAUCAUCGAAAUGAAGAAACAACUUCUGUUCAUCCUGCUCCUUCUUCUUCUCAUCAAACUCAAAGUCAAAAUCAAAGUCAGACUCACAGACAUAGCCAUUUUUCACAUUCUCAAGUACCUCCACCAUUAUCAAUGCAACCAAGAGCACCUUCACCUUUUCCUCAAGGAAAUAUGCAAAUGGGAGGAGGAGGAUUAGGUAUAAUGAUGUCACCCGAUAUGGAAAUGCGUAGAAGAGCAUUUUCAAUGCAACAAUAUGAUAGACCUCUUCCUGGAGCUUAUGCAGCACCAAGUGUAACGGGUUAUGGUCCACAAGAUGCUUAUGAUGAUGGAAGUAGUAUAGCAGGAAGUUCUUUAACUUUCAUGGAUGGAACGGUCGGAGGAAGAACGAGUCAAUAUGGUUUACCAAAAUAUAGUCAUCAACCUAAACCUGAUUAUAGAAGAUUCUGUGUACAAAGAGGUAACGCCGAUGUUUUCCUCGAUUGA